AUGCAAGCUCUGGCGCCAGAGGUCAUUGUGACUCAACCCGGAUAUGGUUCUUUUCCUGCACCCCAAAACUCCAACUGGCAGUCAGGAAUAUGUGAUUGCUUCAGCGACUGGGGAGUCUGUCUCUGUGGCACGUUUUGUUUCAUCUGCCUUGGGUGUCAAGUUGCAGCUGACAUGAAUGAAUGCUGUCUGUGUGGAACAAGUGUGGCAAUGAGGACUCUCUACCGGACCCGAUAUGGCAUCCCUGGGUCUAUUUGUGAUGACUAUAUGAUGACCUUAUGCUGUCCCUAUUGUUCUCUUUGUCAAAUCAAAAGAGAUAUCAACAGAAGGAAAGCCAUGAAUGCUUUUUAA